CCAUGUUGUACGGGAGCGUCGGUUUGUUGACAACACGGCAUCAAAACAACACAAUUCUCUGGCCCGGACGCUGCGGCUCGGUUUUCGGCAAUGAAUCCUUCGCAAAAAAUCGCUCUUUCCGGCCUGGAAGAGGUUAACGUGCCCGGUCCAGUGUUUCUGAAAGCGGCCCUUUCCGAGUGUGAUGAUCCGCUGAAAGCAAUAGAAACAUUCCAGGUGGAGAAUGGCAUCCUGCUGCCAUCGUUGCGCCCGAUGCUCCCGCUGCUCGAUCUGCACGGUGUGCGCCGGCUGGACUUUCACACGUCCGUGCUGGAGGAGCUGCGCGACAAGCUGAUCGCACACAUCAACGAGCUGGGCGCCAAGGAGGGUCGGCAGCGGGACGCGAAGCUGAAAGAGCUGCUGGUCAAAAGUUUCCCCGUCGUGCGGGUCAAAGCACUGCGCCCGGUCGUGAUGUGCAUCCUGCGCAACACGCCGCACAUCGAGGACAAGUACCUGCGGAUACUGGUGCGCGACCGGGAGCUGUACCAGGACACCGACACGGAGGUGAAGCGACAGAUCUGGCGCGACAACCAGUCCCUGUUCGGGGACGAAGUGUCACCGCUCCUGUCGCAGUACAUCCGCGAGAAGGAGCACAUCCUGUUCGAUCAUCUCAAUCUGAACAAUCUGUUCUUCACGCCGACGCCGAAGGUGCGUCGGCAGGGCGAGGUGGUCCAGAAGCUGGCCCACAUGAUCGGCAACAGCGUGAAGCUGUACGACAUGGUGCUGCAGUUCCUACGGACACUGUUCCUGCGCACCCGCAACGUGCACUACUGCACGCUGCGGGCGGAGCUGCUGAUGGCGCUGCACGAUCUCGAGGUGCAGGACAUUAUCUCGGUGGACCCGUGCCACAAGUUCACCUGGUGCCUGGACGCGUGCAUCCGCGAGAAGAACGUCGACAUGAAGCGGUCGCGCGAGCUGCAGGGUUUCCUCGACAACAUCAAGCGCGGGCAGGAGCAGGUGCUGGGCGACCUGUCGAUGACGCUGUGCGAUCCGUACGCGAUCAACUUCCUGGCGACGUCGGCCAUCAAAAUCCUGCAGCAUCUGAUCAACAACGAGGGCAUGCCGAGGGAAAACCUCAUCCUCGUGCUGUUGCUGCGCAUGCUGGCGCUCGGGCUGUCCGCUUGGGUGAUGAUCGACUCGCAGGACUUCAAGGAACCGAAGCUCGACAGCCAGGUGGUGACGAAGUUCCUGCCCGCCCUGAUGUCGCUCAUGGUGGACGAUCAGGUGCGCCAUCUGCACUCCAAGCUGCCGCCGGACGAGCGCGAAAGUGCCAUCACGACGAUCGAACACUCCGGUCCCGCACCGGACGCCGUCGAGGCGUACAUCCAGGAAAACGCGGUCGCCUCCAUACUGGCCAUGUACUACACGCUGCACACCGCCCGGCAAAAGGAUCGCGUCGGGAUUUUGCGCGUGAUGGCCAUACUGGCGUCCUGCAAGGACGACCGCGCGUACGAAGACCCAUUCCUGCACUCGCUCAUCGCACUCAUCAUACCGAUGUCGGACGAGUUCGCGAACGAAGACUUCUGUACCGGGCUGUUCGAUGAGUUUCUGUUUGCCGGGCUGACGCGCGACAACGUGACGCGCCACAUGCUCAAGCUGCUCUGGUACAUCCAUCAGAAGCUGCCGCAGGCGCGGCUAAUGACACUGAUGAAAGCGCUGCAACCGACGGCCCAGCAUCACGAGAGCGUCCACAAGCUGUACGAAAAUUUGCAGAAGCGCGUCGGCACGCUCACGCAGGAAGCGCCCGCGGAGCCGAUGGAGACGGAUUUUGACUCGCCGCUGAAAAGUGUCCCCACGCCGGGACCACAUUAUGUUAGCUAAGUAGGGAUUUUCGAUUGGCGGAGAUGAUGGGAAGAGUAGGGAAUAAAAUAAGAACUUACAAGACAGUGUAUGCAUUAUCCAUUCACGAGUGGCUGUUUAGGUUUUUUUUUUAUUCUUUCCAUUCCAAUGUGCCCUGAUAUCAGUGACGCUCUCGCUCUCUCUCUCUCUUUCUGUUAAGCAAAUCCAUAUAAAAACCGAUUGCUGGUAAACAUUUUUCCCAUCCAUAUUACACAUCAACACACACACACAUUGUCGCCGCCUGUUCAAUACGAUCCUUACACAGAACAUUUAAAAAAACACACGAACAACGCUUGCUACGACGGUUGCCCUGUCCUGGCGGCGCUGACGACACCUCGUUUGGUACGCACAUACACAUAGCUACAUAUAUUGUCUAAUAAAUAGUAGUAAGCUUGCUGAGUUUAAACGUUAAACUAAAUACGCUCGGUCGCGGUUUCUCCCCCCCCCCCCCCCCCCCCCCCUGUUCUCGAUUGAGGCCCAUCAUCAUCAUGUGUCUCACGUGGUAAGCAAAUACGUGUUGGUAGAAAAUGAGGCUGAAACCCCAUUUCUUUUUGAGGAAACAAAAAAAAAUAA